GACUCAAAGUCUUGAAGAAUAACUCAUUGAUCGGUCUCCAUCAAGGCAGAGAGUUGGUUGUGAAAAACCACUGCGAGGAAGUUCACUGGGGAAAACGUGCGCGUUAUUCCUUCAACGUCGACUUCUUAUUUCCACUUGGACGAACAAAACAAAGGGCAGCUGCAAUGUGGAUUCAAGUGCGCACGAUGGACGGGAAGGAGACCCACCGGGUGGACUCCCUGUCCAAACUUACAAAGGUGGAUGAGCUGCGUCUCAAAAUCACAGAGCUCUUUAAGGUGGAGCCGGAAAGGCAGCGGCUGUUCUACCGCGGCAAGCAGAUGGAAGAUGGCCAUACCAUAUUCGACUACAGCGUGGGACUUAACGACAUAGUGCAGCUGCUUGUUAGGCAGAAGGCGCCCGCUGCUGAUGUUGUCAAAAGCAAGGACAAAGAAGCCGAGCUCUCCGACUCUGAUUCUGGCUGUGGCUCAACCCAGAGCGAGUCUGACAAGAAUUCUACACACGGAGAGGUCGAAGGUCAAACCGCCGGCACCUCUGCCCAGACAAACACCCCAGAGCUAGUCGAUCCAGGAUUUGGAUUUUACAAGAUUAAUGAGAUGGUGGAUGCGAGAGACUUGAACAUGGGAGCCUGGUUUGAGGCCCAGAUUACCAACGUAACGAAGACAACAAAGACGCCAAAAGAGGAGGCCGCAGAGGCCCGGCCAGCAGAGGAAGAGAUACUGUACCAUGUUAAAUAUGAAGACUACCCAGAGAACGGGGUGAUUCCGUUGCUUGCCAAGGAUGUUCGUCCGCGGGCGCGCACAGUGUACCAGUGGCACCAGCUGGAGGCAGGAAUGGUCGUCAUGGUCAACUACAACCCAGACGACACCAAGGAGCGCGGCUACUGGUAUGACGCCGAGAUCCAGAGGAAGAGGGAGACGCGCACACUGCGGGAAAUCUAUGCCAAGAUUAUCCUUGGUGAUGCCGGCGACUCUCUUAAUGAUUGCCGCAUCAUGUUCGUGACUGAAAUCUACAAAAUCGAGGAACCGGGCUCUCUGGGUGAUGCCCCACCUGGUUCUGAGAGUCCACUUAAAAGAUCAAAUGGACCUGAGUGCAAGCACUGUAAGGAUGAUCUGAAAAAGAACUGUCGCUGGUGCAACUGCCACAUCUGCGGCAUCAAGCAGGAUCCUGACAAACAGUUGCUGUGUGACGAAUGUGACAUGGCCUAUCACACCUACUGCUUGAACCCGCCACUCACCUCCAUCCCCGAAGAUGAGGACUGGUAUUGCCCUGGUUGCCGUAACGACAGCAGUGAGGUUGUGUUGGCUGGAGAGAAGCUGAAGGAGAGCAAGAAGAAAUCAAAGAUGGCUUCGGCCAGCUCCUCCAGCCAGAGGGACUGGGGCAAGGGAAUGGCCUGUGUUGGUCGAACCAAGCAGUGCACCAUCGUCCCUUCCAACCACUACGGUCCGAUCCCUGGCGUCCCCGUUGGCUCCUUGUGGAAGUUCAGAGUCCAGGUCAGUGAGUCUGGCGUCCAUAGGCCACAUGUAGCUGGAAUUCACGGCCGAAGCAACGAUGGUUCCUACUCUCUUGUCCUGGCUGGAGGUUAUGAGGAUGAUGUGGAUGAUGGCAAUGAGUUCACUUACACUGGUUCUGGGGGACGAGAUCUGUCUGGAAACAAGAGGACUGCUGAGCAGUCAUGUGAUCAGACACUUACCCACAUGAACCGGGCAGUGGCGCUCAACUGCAACGUCCCCGUCAACGACAAAAAUGGAGCAGAGUCCAAAAACUGGAGGGAAGGCAAACCAGUCAGAGUUGUGCGCAGCUGCAAGGGUCGUAAACACAGUAAAUAUUGUCCCGAGGAAGGAAACCGAUAUGAUGGGAUAUACAAGGUGGUGAAAUACUGGCCAGCCAAGGGCAAAUCUGGCUUCUUGGUGUGGAGGUAUCUGCUUAAACGCGAUGAUGAUGAGCCGGCACCGUGGACAAGAGAUGGCAAGGAACGCAUCAAGAAGCUUGGUCUCAUCAUGCAGUAUCCCGCUGGCUAUCAGAAAGAGAAGGAGAACAAAAAUGAAGUGGAGGAGGCAGUGGCUGCGGCGGCAACACCCAGCAAGGCCAAGAGGAAGAGAAAAUCUCAGGGCAGCGACUCCUCCAAGACAUCCCCUGCCAAGACUCCCAAGAAAGUCAAGGUAGAGGUGUACAAGCUUACCAAGCAGCAGAAGGCCCUCAUCAAGGAUGACGAGCCCAACAAGAAGCUGUGGGACGAAGCCAUGGAGUCUCUGUCUCUUGGACCGAAAUUUUUGAACAAGGUUGAGGAAGUUUUCCUCUGCAUUUGCUGCCAAGAAGUGGUCUUUCAGCCCAUCACCACAGAGUGCCAACACAACGUCUGCAGGGAAUGCCUUCAGCGGUCCUUCAAAGCAGAGGUGUACACCUGCCCAGCCUGCAGACAUGACCUGGGCAAAAACAACUCCAUGGCCAUCAACAAACCUCUGCAGGAUAUUCUAAAUCAGUUUUUCCCAGGGUACAGCAAUGGCCGAUGAUCCACUGGAUCUGCUUAACACAGUCCUUGAGGAAAGGCUAUGUAAACUGUAAGGGGAAUUUUCAGUAUACGCAAUAAAGAAUCAGUUUCUCUUAAUAUAUUUUUUAUGAUUAUAAAACUACAAUUUUUGUGGACUUCAAUGUUCCCAUUUUCCACCUUGGACUUGCCUUGAUGUGUAGUUACUGAUUAAUCAAGAGUUCCUAUAUAAACUGCCUGUGCCGUUAUGCCUCCAGUAAUACUUUCAAACCGUAAUUUUACUCACUCUGUUCUGUUCCAUUAACUGAUGCAAAUGUUAUCGAUGAUGUAAAGUUGUUACUUUAAAGUAAAACCCCUCCAUGUUUAGCACUCCUUAAGAGAACGUUAAGCCAUUUGCUCAAAUUGUUAAGAGAUUCUUCCUGUAGAAGAUUAUUAUAUUAUAAUCUGGUUCUAUUGUUCGUUUUGCUGUGGCUCGUGGAUGAAUUUGAUGCAAUUUUAUCAACCUGAUCAUGCAGUUGAAAUUUCGUCUCCUGUAGCCGUGUACUCGUUUCUUUUUAAAAGUCCUCUUGUUUAGUUUGUCUCAGUGUUUGCAAACACUGCAGCUUGAUUUGCUAUCGAGAAAUCCCUCGACUAACUAGAGUGACGAGGUAAUGUUGUCACCGCAGGUUACAAAUGCGCCACUUUGUAUUUGUUCUGGCAUGAUCAGAUGAUUGAAACUCGCAUUAACAUGACAAGUGAACAAAGCCAUCUUUUGGAGAAAAGAGGCUUUUUUGAAACUAAACCGUUUUGUAAACUGUAGAUGAGACUUAACAAACGCGCCCAGACGGAAUCGGGUCGUAUUUUCUCUCUCUGCCGUUCAGCAGUGUCUCAGAAAAAGUGUCUUGUUGGGAAAUCGUGUCAUCAAACGUGGUUGGUUUUUAUAGCUUGUGUAUUGGCUCACUUUUUAUAUUUUCAUAAAGUGAUUUUUCUUUUCUAAAAUAUUUGUAUAUGAAGUUUCUGAAAGUCAGUUUUAAAAGUUGGUAUGAAUUUGUUAAAACCCUGAAAGCCAAACAUAUUAGAAUUUUACUCUGUGGCAUUAAUUUGAGUAUCCCCAGUUUUGAAAAUGUUCACUUUGAUUAAGUCCAAAGAAGCAAAUGUGUUUAACCAAGAGUGUAAUGUAGAACUCCCAUCUAUCUAGCUCUUUAGACAUUGUCUCUGACAUUUAAACCUAAUUGAGUCUAGAAACUUUAUUUGUGUUUUUGUUUUUUUUGCUACAAUUAAAAUGUGUAAUUUUCAUCUUUUAUAAUUUUACUGCCAUCUGUGGAAGGGGGUUGUUCAGUCAGGUUUUUGUCUCUUGUGGUCAUGUUACCUGAUCUCAUUAAAGGAAAGUUGACAUUUUAAGUAUAGCCACACACUGCUCCUAAAAUUUCAUAAUGAAUCCACCAAAUUAUCUCAAUGUCAUUGACUAGUUCUGCCACUUUUUUGAGGGGCUUGGUGUUGAAUUUCAGCAGCAGUGUGUGACAAUGUCCAUCCACAUGCCAGCACUUUGAGUUUUUAACAGAGAGACAAAGAUUUUGCAUAAACCAGGAAAUGUAUAUUUUCUAAAAUUGUAUAAUUCUUAGUCCAUUUUAGUUUUGAUAUGUAGUUUUUAGAAAUGUUUGCACGAGUUCGGUGCAAAAAAUGUGUCAGUAAAUGUUCAGUGUUAUUCAAUAAAAAAGUGAAUUGA